GACUUUUAAUAGGUACGUCAGUACGUGGUACAGGUGAUCUUCUCUGUGACUUUUGCGUUCUCUUGCACCAUGUUUGAGCUCAUCAUCUUUGAAAUCUUAAAAGUAUUGAACAGCAGUUCCCGUUAUUUUCACUGGAAAAUGAACCUGUGUGUAAUCCUUCUGAUCCUGGUUUUCAUGGUGCCUUUUUACAUUGGCUAUUUUAUUGUAAGCAACAUCCGACUAUUGCAUAAACAGCGUCUGCUCUUCUCCUGUCUCCUCUGGUUGACCUUCAUGUACUUCUUCUGGAAACUAGGAGAUCCAUUUCCCAUUCUCAGCCCAAAACAUGGGAUUUUGUCCAUAGAACAGCUCAUCAGCCGGGUAGGUGUGAUUGGUGUGACUCUCAUGGCUCUUCUUUCUGGAUUUGGUGCUGUCAACUGCCCAUACACUUACAUGUCCUACUUCCUCAGAAAUGUGACUGAUGCAGAUAUCCUAGCCCUGGAACGGCGACUGCUUCAAACCAUGGAUAUGAUCAUCAGCAAAAAGAAAAGGUAUUCCAUGUCUUUGCAGGCAACCAUCAAUAUCGUUUUUGACCGAGUUGGGAAAACUGAUCCUGUCACAAGAGGCAUCGAGAUCACUGUGAAUUAUCUGGGGAUCCAAUUUGAUGUAAAGUUCUGGUCUCAGCACAUUUCCUUCAUUCUGGUUGGAAUAAUCAUCGUCACAUCUAUCAGAGGAUUACUGAUCACUCUUACAAAGUUCUUUUAUGCCAUCUCCAGCAGUAAGUCCUCCAAUGUCAUUGUCCUGCUAUUAGCACAGAUAAUGGGCAUGUACUUUGUCUCCUCCGUGCUACUGAUUCGAAUGAGCAUGCCUCUAGAGUACCGCACCAUAAUCACCGAAGUGCUUGGAGAGCUACAGUUCAACUUCUAUCACCGUUGGUUUGACGUGAUCUUCCUGGUCAGUGCUCUCUCCAGCAUCCUGUUCCUCUAUUUGGCUCACAAACAGGCACCAGAGAAGCAUAUGGCACCUUGAACUCACACCUGUUACAGACUGCUGCAGGCCAGUGGUGUCAGAAUUUGGAUAUAAGAGAAAAAAUGGAGGGGACCAGGGCCUCAUGUUUUUUAAACAAUCAAAAUGCUGAGGUAGCAUAUUCUGCCUUCAGCGUAUGCCUCCCUCCUCUGUGGAUACUGUGAUCAUGAGUAGCAUUAGCUAGAACAUGGGAGCGUGAAGUAAACUUAAGCUAGCACUCAGCUGAGAGCAUCCCAUGUGGGUUUGAGGCUGGUGGGAAAGGGGGUGGAAAAGAGCCAAGAAACUAGGUGGGGGGAAUACACUGGAACUCUGCAGGUAAGGGGAAGUCUCAGGGAGCUGGGCCGAACACCCGGAAUUUCUGCUCAAGGCUCACACGGAGGAGGUUAUGGCUUUCCCUUAAGAUUGACUGUCAUUAAAAUCAGAUUGCAACCCUU